AAGAAGCCAAACUUCUUUAUCUCUGACGCCAUUUUAUAACCUGCAUUUUGCUUUGAGCUGUGUUUACGUGUGUUUUUAUAUUUUGUCUCCUUACUGAACUUUUGUUUGAUCUUAUAAGUGAAAAAGUGUUUUUUGUGACAAUUGCUGAAACCAUUAAGAUUUUUAUUAAUCAUCAUGGGAAAAAAAUGUGCUGUAAUAGGAUGUGAUGAUAAGGAUUCCCAUCGACAUCGUUUUCCGAAUCCAAAGAAAUCAGAGGAUUUGUUUAAAAAAUGGAUUGAUCUCUCCGGAAGACUAUCAUUUCAUUCAUUAAACCCUGAGUUGGUUUAUAGAUCUCGUAGAGUGUGCCACAGACAUUUUAGAGAGGAAGACAGGGCAACAAAUAUGUAUUUGAAGAAUGGUACCAUUCCUAUGUUACAUCUUCCUGCCAACCCAGCUACUUUUAAUAUAAUGGGUGCAAAUAAUUCAGAUGAAGAUUUUCCACAACCAAUAAAGCUCAUUAAGGAAGAGUCAACAGAUCUUUGUAAUGAUAUGGAAGUAAUAGUUUCGGAAGAAAGUUUAAAAAUUAAAGAAGGGGAUUCCUGCAAUCAAAUUGAUGUAGAAUUUGCAGAACAAUGUGUAGAGUAUGCAAUUAAAUAUUUAAAACAAUGUUCUAAAACCAAUUUAGUUAAUAGAAUUAUGUUUUUGGAAAAUUUAAAAAAGGAUUUAACAACGUUUGAGUGACUUUUAUACAUAUAUGUACUUACAAUAAGUCCAAGUUAAC